CUCUCUCUCUCUCUCUCUCUGAUAUUUGCAUUGUCUUCUUCUUAAGUUCGUUUUUGUCACUUUUUCUGUGUCAUUCUCGUUUUGGGUUUCUGAACUCCGUUUUUUUCCUACUCUCAUUUUUUACUCAAAUUGUCGUAUUUUAGUGUGUUGGGACAAUUCUUAGGAUCAUAAAAAACAAUUUAAGGGAAAAAAAAUUUGAAUCUUGAUCGAUCAAUUUUCGACGUGCCCAGAAACUAGCUGCUGGAAAAGAGUAAGAUUUUACGAAAACUGUCAAUGGCGCCUUUAGAGGGGUUCGUGUAAUUGGAGGAAUUUUCUCUUGGGGGGAUUUUUCUUUCCUUUUCAGAAGUUGAUUUUGAAUAAAAAUCUCAUCUUUUUGGAAGAGGGGAAAAGGGUGAAGUGUGUAUAAAGAGUGCGCAUGAAGAAAUAAGCGUUAACGAUGAAAGAUGAAAAUUCCAAGAGCAGCAAGUUAAAAGCUGACAUGAUUACAAUUAUUGGGCAUUAUGUGAAGCUCUCCUGGUCAAAGAAACUGGUCAGAAAAUGGUUCAAUAACAAGUGUAAAAGUGUGGAAACACAAGCUGAUGAUGUUGUUUAUGGAGGAGGUGAUAGGAGAUGGAGGAGCAGCUUCUCUGAGAGGGAACCAUCUACAAUCAAGAAAACGAAAACAGAAAAUCGAGCAAAAGGCAUGGAGCGCUCGUUAUCUCGUUCGCACUCUCGUUCGAGACGAGGCAGAGCUUAUCUUGAUCACCCCCAGAUUCUAAACAUCCAGAAUUACAGCAUCUUUGUAUCAACGUGGAACGUCGGUGGAAAAUCACCUCAAACCAACAUGAAUUUAGACGAUUGGCUUCACUCGGCUCCUCCAUCCGACAUAUACGUUCUCGGUUUUCAAGAAAUAGUUCCCUUAAACGCGGGCAACAUAUUGGGCUCGGAGGACAACGGGCCAGCCAAAAAGUGGCUUUCCCUAAUAAAACGAACGCUAAACAACAACUCGACUCAGCACACGCCUUCGCCAGUCCCCGACCCAGUGGCCGAGUGGAAUGCCGAUUUCGAGGGGUCGAGCAGACACAAAGCCUCGACUUUCAUGCACAGGCGCUCGUUUCAAACCCCACACCAUUGUUGUUCGGAAAACAACGAGGCUCGUUUGGAGAGACGACUCAGCGUUUGUGACCGCGUGAUUUUUGGCCAAAGGCAGAGUUACUGUCGGCCGAGCGACUGCUCUUCGAGCCACCGGCCAAGUGAUUAUUCGUCGAGUCGAAGGCCGAGUGAUUACUCGCCAGAGGAUUCGCCGAGUGCAAUGUUGCAUUUGGAAAAUGGUUUUGUGGGGUCCACUGAUUGGUCUGAAUAUUCUUUGGUUGCGAGGAAGCAAAUGGUUGGGGUUUUCUUGACUGUUUGGGUGAGGGGUGAAUUGAGGGAGCAUGUUCGGAAUAUUAAGCUGAGGAUUGAGCAGAGACGAGGCCGAGUUUUUGUUGGGUGGAAAGAAGGGAAAAUCUAUUUUCCACCAACAUAUAAAUAUUCUCAUAAUUCAGACAGAUACGCGGGUGAUGAUUUGCACCCCAAGGAAAAACGAAGAACUCCUGCCUGGUGUGACAGAAUAUUGUGGUAUGGUGAUGGACUUCAGCAAUUAUCAUACACACGAGGAGAAUCGAGGUUUUCAGAUCAUAGACCGGUUUCUAGUGUUUUUUGGGCCGAAAUCGAGUCUGUCCCGAAUAGAUUGAGAAAAAGCAUGAGUUGCUCGAGUUCAAAAAUAGAGGUCGAGGAGCUUUUACCGUAUUCGCAUGGUUUUACCGAACUUAACUUCUUUUGA